AUGGAGGGGGAGGCUGAUCUAAUGGAGUUGAACUUCAGCGAGAAGGGUUUAAUGGGGAUGGAGGACGAUCAACAUAGGGAACCUCGGAAGUUGGUAUCCUACAAGGAUCGCUUGCUACGGCUCAACAGAGUAGACGAUCCUUUGAACCCUUACUACUAUUUUGAUGUAUUGGAAAAGCUGGAGGAGUGCAAGAGGUUGAAAAUGCCAUUGAUCGUGAAAUUGAUGGGGAAGAAGCUAGGUGCUAGGUUCCUCUGGAACAAAUUGCACAAAUUGUUGAAUCUGGAAGUGGAAUACAGAGUGCUAGAUUUGGAAAAUGACCAUUAUAUGGUCGAUUUCGAGAAAGUACAGGAUUACCUGUUUAUUCAACAACAGGGACCAUGGAUCAUCGCAGAUCAUUACUUGAUUGUGCAGAGGUGGAGGCCGAAUUUUGAUCCAUUUGAUGACCGUGUGAGGAAGCUAGUUGUGUGGAUAAGAAUUCCUGGGGUGCCUCGCAAGUUUUACACUUACAAGGAUUUAUGGAGGAUGGGAAAUAUGGUGGGGAGGACUUUGAGGAUUGAUGAGAGCUCCCUUCGGUUUAAGGUCAGGGACAACAUGAGGAGAUUACGGAUCGAGGAAGGUUUGCCCGCAUCUGUGUUGAAGAAGGAUCAAUGUACUCUGAACCCGGAGAAUCUCAGGAAAACUCAGGACGAGGUUGGUGAGGAUUUCAUGUGUUCAAGUAAUGAGGCUAUAAAUGAGGGAGAGAAUAACAAGUUAGAUGUAGAGCGGAGCGAGGAGGAGGAUGGCUUUGGGAAUUGGAUGAAUGUUCAGAAGGGAUUUCGAAAGAGGAAAUCUCCUGUGCAGGCAAAGGUUAGAGAUCAAAGAUCAGGGAAGGAGAAAGCUGGAGAUGAUAUUGGAGGUCAGGGUAACUUAAGUAAACCUUCUGGAUCGAGAUUUUCUCUGUUGAAAGAUUUAGUUGAGGAAGAUAAAAAUAAAGGGGAACAGAAACAGAAUAAUUCAGAAAUGCUUGAUUCUGGGAAUUCUAUUGGGAUUGUAGUAGGAAAGAAGAAUUUAGAUCAAGAGCAAAACAGUGAAAUCUUCUCAGAGAGGAGCCAUUCUAAUCAUGAAGGGGGCAAUAAUCAAGCAUCUAGCAGUUAUGGGAAGAAUAGAGGGGAGGCUGGUCCUGUUAAGGGAGGUAGCAGAGACUCAGGCCCGAAUCUUAUCUUUAAAGAGAAACCUCCAGAUGAUAUUGGAGAUGAAAGAAGGAUAGGUGCAAACAGCAAGGAUGGUAUGGUGUUGGAUGAUAUCACCAAUCUUAGUGGAGCUUUGAAGCCCAAUAUUCUGGUACUAGUUUUGCUAGAAACUAGAGUUAGUGGUAGUAGAGCUGAUAGAAUUGUUCAAAAUUUGGAUUUUGAUAGCUAUUAUAGAAGGGAGGCAAUUGGUUUCUCGAGAGAAAUUUGGAUUCUGUGGAAUAAAAGUAUUACUACUAUUUCUAUCUUGUUGGAUGAGCAUCAAUUUGUGCACUCAAGACUUUGUUGGGCUGAAAAUGGGAAGGUGGAAUAUUUUACUUUUGUUUAUGGCAGUCCUAGAAGAUUGGAUAGGAGUUCUCUGUGGGAUAACCUUAGGGACAUUGGGCUGACAAUGGAUAUGGAGUGGGCUGCUAUGGGUUACUUUAACAGCCUUUUAGAAGAUAGUGAAAAGCAAGGAGGAAGUGCCAUCUAUUGGGGUAGUGUGCAGGAAUUUUCUAACUGUCUUAGGGAUUGCAAACUCUCGGACUUAGGAUUCUUAGGAGCUAAAUUCACCUGGAAAAGAGGCAAGAUUCAGGAGAGAAUUGAUAGAUUGGUGCCUUUUCGGUUUCUUGUAGCAUGGUUGAGUAAUGAAGGCUUUGGGGAGGUGGUUGACUCUUGUUGGGAUCAGAAUUUGAACUGGGUUAAUGCUAAGGACAAGUUCAAAAAGGAGGCAUCUAUCUGGAAUUACACCACAUUCAAAGAAUUACAUAGGAGGAAGCAUAAGAUUCAGAACAGAAUGAGGGGUUUAGAGGCUGAAUUGUGUAGACAGCCUAGUGAAGCUUUGGAGAGAUUGCAUAGGUCUCUUUGGCAGGAGUUGAACACAAUAUAUGUUCAAGAGGAAUUGACAUGGUUCCAACGUUCUAGAUGCAAAUGGAUGGCUUAUGGAGACAGAAAUACUAGGUUUUUUCAUUCUGCUACUCUUGCUAGAGCCAGGAGAAACAAAAUUAAAGCUUUGAAGGAUGAUGAGGGGGUAUGGGAGGAAGAUCCUGAGAGACUGAAGAAUAUGGAAGUUGACUUUUACAGGAAUCUUUAUUCUGUAGAGGCCCAACCUGUAUCUAAUUUGAGCAUUGAGAACUAUUUUCCAGUUAUAACAGAUCAGAAUUGGGAGAAGCUAGGCCUUAUCCCUGAUAUGGUGGAGGUUAGGAAUGUUUUCUUUAGUAUGAAGCCCUAUAAAGCCCCUGGUGUGGAUGGACUGCAUGCAGUUUUCUUUCAAUCUCAGUGGGAAAAAGUGGGUCAAUCGGCUAUUCAGUUUGUAAGGGAGGUGUUUCAGGAUCCUGCCAAGGUUGAGCUAAUUAAUCAAACACUGAUAUGUUUGAUACCAAAGAUUGAAAAUCCAGAAUCUUUAGGUCAGUUCAGACCGAUAUCUCUUUGUAAUGUUAUUUACAAAGUGGUUACUAAAGUGGUGGCAAGCAGGUUGAAGAAGUACAUAGGAGAGCUUAUAAUGCCAAAUCAAUGCAGCUUUGUGCAAGGAAGGCAAGCUUCAGAUAACAUUAUAAUAUCUCAAGAGAUCUUCCAUUCUAUGAGGGCCAAGAAGGGUAUUAAAGGCUGGAUGACAAUUAAAGUUGAUCUUGAAAAGGCCUAUGACAGAGUAAGUUUGGAUUUUUUAAAAGAAACCAUGAGGAUGGCUGGAUUUCUUGGGACUCUUAUUGAUCUCAUCAUGGCUUGUGUGUCUACAUCCACCAUGAAUGUGCUUUGGAAUGGGGCUCAAACUGAAGAGUUCAAGCCAACAAGAGGGAUCAGACAAGGUGAUCCUCUUUCACCUUAUCUUUUUGUGCUCUGUAUUGAAAGGUUGGGACAUAUGAUUUCUUCUUUGAUGGAUCAGAAAAAAUGGAAGCCUGUAAAGUUAAGAAGGAGAGGCCCUCCCAUAUCCCAUCUUUUCUUUGCUGAUGACUUGCUUCUUUUCAUGGAGGCAUCUUUAGACCAAGCUGAGUUGGUUUCUACAGCACUCAAUAUAUUUUGCCUUGGUUCUGAUUUAGGUAAAUAUUUAGGUAUUGCCAUCUUGCAUAAGAGAGUGAAUAAGAAUACCUUUAAAUUUAUCCUAGAAAGGACUAGCAAUAAGCUUAGUGCUUGGAAGCAAAAUUCCCUAUCAAUGGCUGGUAGAGUGGUUUUGACAAAAUCAGUGUUGGCUUCUUUGCCUACCUAUGCUAUGCAAACUUCACUUAUUCCCCUGGGUACCUGCGAUGCUGUUGAACAGUAA